AUGGAGCUUCGGCAGCGGGCGGGGGCGACGGAGUGGCGGCGGAGCGGUGAGACGGUGGCGUCCCCAAGCUUGGCGGCGAAGGCGGUGCAGGCUAGGGCUUCGAGGCUUUCGGUAUCUAGCUUUGCUGCAUCAAUCAAACCACCACCUUUUGAUGGUUCAAAUUACAAACGUUGGCAAGAACGGCUUAUACUGUGGUUAACACUGUCGAGAGUGAUUCAUGUGAAAGAGGGUAAGCCUGAACAAUUCUCUCCAGAGGAUGAGAGUGCGUUCGAUGAGGCUGAUAUCCUCUUUCGAGGCUUGAUCAUUAGUGUUCUCGGUGAUAACCUGGUGGAUUCUUAUAUCCGGCUGCCAACUGGCAAAGCAUUGUGGGAUGCUCUUGAGGCUCAAUAUGGAGUAUCUGACGCCGGGAGUGAGUUGUAUAUCAUGGAGCAGUUCCUUGAGUACAGGAUGGUCGAAGACCGUUCUGUAGUGGAACAGGCUCAUGAAAUACAUACUCUGGCAAAAGAUCUCAAAAAUUGCAGCAAAGAGUCCCCAUGUGUGUUACCCAAUAAGUUUGUGGCCGGAGGUAUAAUCUCUAAGCUGCCACCUUCUUGGAGGGACUUUGCUACUUCUCUAAAAUACAAGAGACAGGAGUUCACAAUAGAUGGAUUCAUAGGGACUCUUGAUGUUGAGGAGAAGGCGAGAGCAAAGGACAUACAUGGGAAAGGAAUUGUUGGUGCUUCAAGUGCCAAUCUUGUUCAAAAGAACAACUCCCACAAGAAUAAGAAAAAGCCACCGCAGAACCAACCAAAGACUAAGAAGACAACCACUUUUAAGAAGAAGAAGAAGACGGGAGCUUGCUAUGUGUGCGCUAGUACGGAUCACUUUGCCGCAAAGUGUCCGAACCGCAAAGGCAACGACUCCGCCAACAUGGUUAUUAGCGAGCCUGGAGGAACAUCGGGGUACGACCGGCGGGACUUCCUCCUUGCUGAUGGGGAACGGAUCACAUGCGCGUGUUCUUAGUGUUGGUACGGUAAAUCUGAAGUUUACUUCGGGGAAGACCGUGCAGCUGAAGAACGUGCAGCAUGUCCCCACCAUCAAGAAGAAUUUAGUCAGCGGCUCUCUACUGUGUAGAGAUGGUUUCAAAUUAGUCUUUGAGUCCAAUAAAUGUAUCUUGUCUAA